AUGCUGCGCUGGCUGCGGGGCUUCGUGCUGCCCGCGGCGGCCUGCCAGGACGCCGAGCCGCCGACGCGCUACGAGACCCUCUUCCAGAAGCUGGACCGCAACGGGGACGGCGUGGUGGACAUCCGCGAGCUGCAGGAGGGGCUCAAGAGCCUGGGCAUCCCCCUGGGCCAGGACGCCGAGGAGAAAAUUUUUACUACUGGUGAUGUCAACAAAGAUGGGAAGCUGGAUUUUGAAGAAUUCAUGAAGUACCUUAAAGACCAUGAGAAAAAAAUGAAAUUGGCAUUUAAGAGUUUGGACAAAAAUAAUGAUGGAAAAAUUGAGGCUUCUGAAAUUGUCCAGUCUCUCCAGAUACUAGGUUUAACUAUUUCAGAACAACAAGCAGAGUUGAUUCUCCGAAGCAUUGAUGCUGAUGGGACAAUGACAGUGGACUGGAAUGAAUGGAGGGACUACUUCUUAUUUAAUCCCGUUACAGACAUUGAGGAAAUUAUCCGUUUCUGGAAACAUUCUACUGGUAUUGACAUAGGAGACAGUUUAACUAUUCCGGAUGAGUUCACGGAAGAUGAAAAAAAGUCAGGACAGUGGUGGAGGCAGCUCUUGGCAGGAGGUGUUGCCGGCGCCGUCUCUCGAACAAGCACUGCCCCUUUGGAUCGUCUGAAAGUCAUGAUGCAGGUCCAUGGUUCAAAAUCAGAGAAAAUGAACAUAUAUGGUGGCUUUCGACAGAUGGUGAAAGAAGGAGGGAUCCGCUCCCUUUGGAGAGGAAAUGGUACAAAUGUCAUUAAAAUUGCGCCUGAAACAGCUGUUAAGUUCUGGGCAUAUGAACAGUACAAGAAAUUGCUUACUGAGGAAGGACAAAAAGUAGGAACCUUCGAGAGAUUUAUUUCUGGUUCCAUGGCUGGAGCAACUGCACAAACUUUUAUUUAUCCUAUGGAGGUUCUGAAAACCAGGCUGGCUGUAGGCAAAACUGGACAAUACUCUGGGAUAUUUGAUUGUGCCAAGAAGAUUUUGAAACAUGAAGGCAUGGGAGCUUUUUACAAAGGUUAUGUUCCCAAUUUAUUAGGCAUCAUACCUUAUGCAGGUAUAGAUCUUGCUGUGUAUGAGCUCCUAAAGUCCCAUUGGCUUGAUAAUUUUGCCAAAGACUCUGUAAACCCAGGAGUCAUGGUGUUGCUGGGAUGCGGAGCCUUAUCCAGCACCUGUGGUCAGCUGGCCAGCUACCCUUUGGCCUUGGUGAGAACACGAAUGCAGGCUCAAGCCAUGGUAGAAGGAGCCCCACAGCUGAACAUGGUUGGGCUUUUUCGACGAAUAAUUUCUAAAGAAGGAAUACCUGGACUUUACAGAGGCAUCACCCCAAACUUUAUGAAGGUGCUCCCUGCUGUAGGCAUCAGUUAUGUGGUUUAUGAAAAUAUGAAACAAACUUUAGGAGUAACUCAGAAAUGA